AGGCUUGCCAGAUCGUGGGGGGAGUGACUUUUAGAGAGGCCUCGAGGUGAGCCUCGCACUUUUCAUCGUGUGUGUGUGUAAGAGAGAGAAAGAGACGGUGGAAAGGCGCUCUACAGCUCCGCAGAGGCCGCUUGCUGCAGAUUGGCCCGUCAUGUCACCACAUGAGCUGUGGAUGGCGAGGCGCUGACUCUUCUCCUUCUCCUCCCGACUAGCGCGACUCUGCCUCGUUUCCUUCCAGGGCAGCCGCAGCAGAAGGCAGGAGGCGCUGCCGCCGCGAUUCCCUGGAGUCCUCCUCCUCGGAGAGGGGCUUCCCUUCGCCGGCUGGGAUCCCCUCUCUGGCUUUCCCGCCCGCGCACUGGGAGAGCCGUCCGGCCGGGGCUUCCCCCGACGUGAGGACCCGCCAGCAGCAGCAGCAGCGCCGCGGCCAAGGAAGGCGGCCGGCGCUCGACGUUCCCACCCACUUGAACCGGAACCGUUUUUGCAAAAGGCAGCCUGAGGGGCUGCUGCUCUGCUGCCGCUUGCUUGCUUGCUUGCUUGCUGGGGGAGAGGUUGCGCUGCUGCAGCAGCCGCCGCCGCCUCCUCUUCGGUGCAGGCACUGGCUGGAGGUGGAGGAAGAAGACGAGGGGGGAGCCGAGCCAGCUCCGGGCAGCGGUGGAGGGCGACAGCGGCGGGGGGCAAUGGGGCUGCAGCAGCAGCAGCAGCCGGCAUAGCCCGGCUUUGCAGCGUUGCAUGCCAGGGCAGGAUGACUGAGCCGCGCGGCGGGGCAAGGCGGCUUGCAUGAGCCUCUGGGCGGAGAAGCAGCCGGGGAGCGCGGCGGGCGGGAGCAACAGCCGCCGCCGCCGGUGCCGUCAUCACCCCCAGCAUCUCUUCGUCCCCCGGCGGUGCUUGUCGUUUUCCUGGCCGCUGCUGAUGGCUCCUCGCCGCCUUUGGUGACUGCCGCCGCCGCCGCCUCCUCUUCUUCCCUCCCUCCCCUUCUUUUGCUCCCCCUCCCCGCCCGGCUCCAGCCUCUCGGUCUGCCCAGCCGGCUCCGGCAGCGGCGGCGGCGGCGGCGGCGAUGGGGAACACGACCUCUUGCUGCGUGUCGUCCAGCCCCAAGCUGCGGAGGAAUGCCCACUCCCGGCUGGAGUCCUACCGCCCCGACACCGAGCUGAGCCGGGAGGAUACUGGCUGCAACCUGCAGCAUAUCAGCGACCGGGAGAACAUCGACGAUUUGAACAUGGAAUUCAACCCUUCAGAUCACCCACGGGCCAGCACAAUAUUCCUCAGCAAAUCUCAAACGGAUGUGAGAGAAAAACGCAAGAGUCUCUAUAUAAAUCACCAUCCUCCUGGUCAAUUGAGAAGGAAAUACAGUUCCUGUUCCACUAUUUUCCUGGAUGACAGCACAGUCAGUCAGCCCAACCUCAAGUAUACAAUUAAAUGUGUAGCUCUUGCAAUAUAUUACCACAUCAAAAACAGAGACGCAGAUGGAAGGAUGCUCCUAGAUAUUUUCGAUGAAAACCUCCACCCCCUUUCGAAAUCCGAAGUGCCGCCAGAUUAUGACAAACACGACCCGGAGCAGAAGCAGAUCUACCGCUUCGUGCGGACGUUGUUCAGUGCAGCUCAGCUGACUGCCGAAUGUGCCAUUGUCACCCUGGUAUAUCUUGAAAGACUUUUAACCUACGCAGAAAUAGAUAUUUGUCCAGCAAACUGGAAGCGAAUUGUACUGGGUGCAAUUCUACUAGCAUCAAAAGUGUGGGAUGACCAGGCCGUGUGGAAUGUGGAUUAUUGUCAGAUCCUGAAGGAUAUAACAGUUGAGGACAUGAACGAGUUGGAACGCCAGUUUCUUGAGUUGUUGCAGUUCAACAUUAAUGUUCCCUCCAGUGUUUAUGCCAAGUAUUAUUUUGAUUUGCGGUCUCUGGCAGAAGCAAACAACCUGAGCUUUCCUUUGGAGCCUCUCAGCAGGGAAAGGGCAUGUAAGCUUGAGGCCAUCUCCCGCUUGUGUGAAGACAAGUAUAAGGACUUCAGGAAAUCUGCAAGGAAACGGUCAGUCAGUUCAGACAAUCUGACUGUAGUUAGAUGGUCUCCUGCUAUUAUCUCCUAACAGUGAAGUCUGGGAUAUUCCUUCAAAAGUCCUCUUUCUAUCAUCAACUUGGGCAGGAAGGGUGGUGUUUGUUCGGUUUCUUUCCCCCCUUGGUUUUUCUUAUUUUUAGAUCUGCCUUUACAGUGCCUCCCCCAUUCUGUAGCACACAGGAAUAAAUAUAGGACUGGAGAGAAACAUCAGAAUAUUCUAAAGAACUUUGGAAGCAAAUUGGUUUUGUUAUUUACAACAGACUAUCCUUUUCGUGAGGAAAAAAAAAAAGGCAAAUACAACUCUUGGAAGAGGAGAAAAUGGGGGGGGGGGGGGAGAACAGAAACCAAGAAGUGUGUGCCAUUUUAGAAAAACAAGAAAUCUUCAGAAACAAUGGCAUGAAAAUAAAAACCGCAAGAUAAGCUUGGAAGAGUACUAGAAGAAAAGAGUUGGAAGUGGUUCAUGUUCUCUUCAGUAUCUUCUAUCAGUUUUUUCUAGUUCUUUGCAUUCCUCCUUGCUGUUGGCUUAGGUUGCUUUCCCUGCUUCUGCAAAGCAGGAAGUAUGAAAGCAGUAACCACGGUAGCACAAGCCUCUGGAUCAGAUAGCACGGCGUUGUUUCUCCGCCCCCUCCUCACUACACUGCGCUUUUCUUCCUAAUCUGUUUAAUUAGCUCCCCCAUAAUUAUUAUGCAUAUUUUGUUUCUCGUAUGCCUUUAUUGUAUUUUUGAAAACAGAAUUUGACUUUAUUUCAUAGUGCUGAACCAAAAGUAUACAAGAUCAGGUGAUCGUUUGUAAUGUCAUGAUUUUGAUUUUAUUUUAUUUUUUAAUCUAUGGUAGCUGUGUCCAUGAUGUUGCCCAGAAGCUGCAUCAUGAAUACUGGCUGUUUCAUAGUAUAUGUGGCUGCAUGUGCCUUCCUCCAUUCUUUGGAAUAGUUUAUUUUUCCUUACUAUAAAGUGAUGAUUGUUGGAAGGAUGCAGACAACAGUGGAACUUGGGCCGGGGGUGUGGAAAUUUGCAUGGGAUGUGGUAGUCCUUCCUGCAAGUUUUUCAUAGCUCCUAGAGAUUUAGCAAAAGGUUGAAAGAGAGAGAGAUGCAUCUCUUUUUGUGUGGCCCAGACCGUUGAUUUCCUUCACUUCCUGGUUCAAUGUUGCAAGCAAUAGCCUCAAGUUUUUUAUAUGUUUACUUUAAAUGGAAACCAAUCUGUUUGUAUAAAAUAGAGAAAAAUAAUAAUAAAAAAAAGUUUUUGUUCUAGUGAAUAAGGGUCCAUGGAAGAAUAAGCAGAAUAAAAAUCUAUAUUAGUUUUACCAAGCAUUUGUCACAGGUUAGAUUUCAGAAUUUUAAAAAACUGUUUAAAAAUUGCAUUUUUCAGUGUAGGUGCUUAUAGAAAUUUAAACAAAAUGCAAACUGUGAAGAAAACGUUGCUUUUGUUGAUUAUACUGUAUGUUUUUCAUUGCUGGUUCCCACCCUUGCUUUUGUUAACAAGAUAUAAAAGUUGAUUUUUUUCCCCUUUUCUUUUUUAGAAUGCAUCACGGUAUCUCUGUUAAAAAAAAAAAAAAAAAGCUUAUGCUCUCUAAGAGUAUCUAUGAAUUAUUUUGCACAUUUCAGAAUGAUGCCGUUUUGUGAUAAAAACAAAACACACACCAAAAUCAGUUGUUAAGUUUCAGAAUCUCUGAAUUCCAUGAAUUCUCUCUCUUGUGCAAGAAAUGCCAUUUGCUUUCUGUGCAGUACGUAAGCAAAACACACAAGGCACAUUCCACCGGGAAUGUCUCCUGAACAGGCCCCUGCUACUGCUCCACUGCUCCCUUCCCUCCCCAAGUUUAUUUCAUGGGGGGCUUGUCCAGGAGAAUUUCCCAGCAGUGUGCUCCUGAGCUCCUCCAACUAAUUUCAGGAAGAGCUCUUCCAAGAGACAUACCCAUAUGCAUUCCUUUAUAUGGUCUCCAUUGAGCCUUAAAACUACAAUUACAAAUUGUUUACUUGACUAUAAAUGUCCAAUAUUACUGGGUCUCCCCACCCCGCCCGCCCCCCGUGUAGGAACAGGACAUCCAUGUGCUCUAAUUUGGGAGAAUCAGGAGGUGCUUCAGAUCCCUGAAGACAAAGGCCAGGAACCAAAGAGAGGGACAUGCUUAUGAACCCGACAUUGAAGUCAUUCACACAAAUGAAAACUGUUGUACCCAGGUUUAGGAGCUGUAUGUGCUCCUAAUUUUUGCUUGUGUGGAAGCAAGGUAAACAGAAAAUCUGAUUAGAAGUGAUUGUGUGGAAGCAAGGUAGGAGGAAAAGCUACCCAGGUUUUUCUCUGACCUUGCUUCCACACAAUCACCUCUCCCUCCUCCUACCUUGUUGUUUGCACCUACACAACUGAAAAUUGGGAGCACACAGCCCCCAAACCUGGGUAGAACACAAUUUUCACUUGUGUGAAUGACCUCAUUUUGCUCUUGGUUUUUUCCCCUGCAAAAGUUCCCACUGCCAAAAAGGCAAGCAGUAUUUUAAACGUAACAGCUGCUUGCUUCUCUAGCAUUAUGAACUAUAGCAUCACAAAUAGAAAAUGUGUGAUUCUCUCCUGUGAGUGUAUAUCCCUCUUGAGAUCUCAGCUAAGAUGUGUAGCAGAAUGGUUUAGAAAGCUGGCCCAUGUGACUGACAGUAUCCAGUGGGGGUUGUGGCAAAGGUUUACAGCCUUGGGUCCCCAGAUGUUGCUGGAAUACAACUCCCAUCAUCAUCUGCUAAGCACCUGUCAUUCAACAACAGCUGUAUGCCAGGCCUGAUGGAAGUUGUAGGCCAACAAGAUCUGGGGAGUUGGGACCCAAGGUUGCGAACCUCUGAUCUUCACAGCCAUCUCUCACGUUUGGAUGGGUAAGGGGAAUACCUUUAUUUCUUUUGGACACUUUCCAUGCUUCUGAAUGGGUGCUACAGGACCCCGUCAGGAAUGCCGCAAGUUGUUCCCUGGAUGUGAUCUAAAUAUACCUAGAGCCACAACUUAAAAGGCUUUUAUCAGAUCACCAUGCUCCUGUUCAUGCUGUUUGCCUUAAAAUGGGUAAAACACUGAAGAAAUUCUAAAAUCUAAGCAGAAUUUUUUACUAGCUUUCUAACAUAUAUACUACACAACAUGAAGAUUUUGCCCUGCUAUCUUAAAAAUAGUUUCUCAUUCUGUUUUUAAUUAUUAUUGUGCCAAUAUAUCAACACUGAUUUCAUCACAUGAGAGUUUUGAGUCUUUCCCCCCUUUGCCUUGUCCUUUUUCUGCAAUAGAAUGUAAAGAAAAGUAUCUUUUUUUCUUUUUUUUUUUAAGAGACCAGUUAGGAUGGAAAAUUGUUGGCUUUUGAGAGAAUUGGAUUACAGCUCCUCUCCCAAAUAUAAACGUGGUUUUACAAUGAGUUGUUUUAUCAACAAUUUGCAGGACAAUUUGGGGAGAGAGGGGAGUUGACUUCCUAGCAAGAGCAUUGUUGUUAUACCGUUUGGGGGUGGGGUCCAGGAUGACCAGAGAAAGGGUUUGCAUUAUGUAAAGUUCUCAAUGCAUCUACUAUAAUUUUGUGAAGUUUAUUAAACAACUUUAAAGAUUGUAUAGUCUAUUUAUUGUAUGUAUGUACAUACAGUCUGAUACUUAAAAUUUCAAGUGGAUUCCAUAAAACCUGGCUCAGUCUUGUUUAGACUAUUAUUGGAUAUCGUUUUAGCCUUGUGCACUGGAUUCUACCUCUGUAUAGGAGAAUUUUCCAUAUUCUUCAAUUAGUACUGAUUCUGUGAUUUAACUUGGUUAUGUUUCUUGCACUAAAAAUUAAAAAAAAAUCUGCUGUUAAA